UUUCCAAAAUGGCGGCUUCCAUGAAUAUGGUGAAAUGUGUGUCAUCACAUUUAUGAUCAAACUGGUUUAUGCUUAUAAGAGCAUUUAUUAGGAAGCCAUGGAUGGCAACAGCAACCCCAAAAGAAAAGGAAAAUCGGCCAAAACUCGUCGGGAAACAGCGGUUCAGGGCACAAACGAUCACAGCAUUGUCAGCAAGUGUUCAAUGGCGGUAGCAGGUUAUUUUCAAGACGAUUUCCUCAAAUUCUUUGUGGCUAAAACAUCAAGAAGAGCUCCCCUGAUCCACAGGGGCUAUUACAUUCGAGCAAAGACUGUGAGCUAUAUUGUGAAUGAAUUCCUUCAGCGUCAUGGUUCAACAGCUAAGCAGAUUGUCUCCCUUGGAUCUGGAUUUGAUUCUGCAUAUUUCCGACUGAAAUCAGCUGGCCAGCUUCAGAACACAAUAUAUAUUGAGAUUGAUUUCCCAGAGGUUGUAAAACGAAAAAAUGCAAUUAUCAAGAAUACCCGUGAGCUGAGUGAACUGCUUGGUGAAGAGCAGACUCUACAGGCAACGUCUCCUCAUAUAGAGAUGAACCGGUCUGACUACAAGAUGCUGGGGGUCGACCUGACCCAGCUGAACACCCUGGAAGCAGCUCUGCGCCUGUGCCAGGUGGACUUCGACGCCCCCACUCUUCUGCUGUCUGAAGUUGUCCUCACAUACAUGACCCGCAGAUGUUCCUCGGCUGUUGUGAAGUGGGCAGCAGAGACAUUUUCAGACAGCGCCUUCCUGCUUUAUGAACAGAUAAAUCCAAAUGAUCCAUUUGGUUUGUUCAUGCAGAACCACUACAAAGUUAUUGGCUCUCCCCUAAAGUCCAUCAACGCCUUCCCAACACUGACGUCACAGAUGGACAGAUUUGUAUCACUGGGCUGGAACUGGUGUGAAGCGUAUGACAUGAACCAGUUUUACAAGGACCUGGUGGGGCAGACAGAGAAGCUGUUCAUCAACAGCCUGGAGCCUUUCGACGAGUAUGAAGAGAUGCACCUCAAGUGUUCCCACUACUUUGUACUGUGUGCCUACUCCACUCCUAGAGAUGGCCUGCUACAGGAAAACAGAAUCAUGCACGUUUCAGCUGACGAUUCGAACUCCAAGCCCAAACCAGAUAAUGUUCCUGAGUUGGUGAAAGUUCUCCCGUCGGUAGAAGUCUCCACAGCAGAAACCAGUUCCAUCAAGAGAUUCAGUCACACCAGUUCCAAGUUGGGUGAACAGUUCAUCGUAACAGUCGGAGGAUUUGGAGAACAAGAUGGCCGCCACCAGCGGAUCUCCGAAGUCAACAUGACGGACAUAGAGACGAUGAAUGGCUACUCUGUCAAGGCGAAUGAUGAUACUCUAGAAAUGGCUCGAAUGCAUCACAGCUUGGACGUCUUGGAAGACGGAACUCUGGUUCUGUUCGGUGGCCGAAUCUCUCCAUUUCGUCUGUGCUCACAGCUUAUUAAGCUCAAACUGAACGCAACGAAGAAGGAUUCGCAUGUAACAAAUUCAAGUUCGAAUGAAACUGAAACGGGUGUUUUGUCAAAUACACAAACUGAUUUAGCUUCCAAUUUAGCUGCCUGUGAUAUUGAUAUUAAAAACGCUUGUUCAAGAGCAAGUGUACAGAAAGCUAGCUGUGAUAUAUCUGAUGGUGCAUGUGUUACAGUAAAUACAAAUUCACAACCAACAACUGUACCACAUCUAAAUAUUCAAGAAAAUUCAGAUAUAAAUGCUGACAAUGAACAACAAAGUUUGACAGACAAAAUGUCUGUAAGUGAUUCUGUCAAUCAUAAAAAGAGUAAAAAGGCUGUUCGUCCAAGGAUAAAGGGGGGUAACUCUAAGAAUGAUAAAUCUGAGAUACAAAAGGGAGAUAACUCAUGUAAGGACUGGAGUUUUGACAUGGAGUCCAGUGUGCUGGAACAGACAGGAGAUGUGCCUUGCCUUAGAUGGAGACACGCCACAACCAGAGUCGCUGUCAAAGGUGAGGAGAUGGUGUUGCUGUAUGGGGGCCGGAACUCCACAGAUGCUGCCCUCCGAGACUGCUACUUGUUAAAUCCUAGGACGGGAGUCUGGAAACAGCUGGACUGUGGAGGCGAGAGCCCUGGGCAUCGUCAAUCCCACACCCUGACAUCCUGGGGGGACAAGGUCAUCCUGUACGGGGGGUUGAAUGAGUUCCUCCUCCCCUACAACACUGUGUACUGUCUGGAUCUCCCCACCCUCACCUGGAAGAGAGUCCCGGUCAUCGGAGCCCUCCAGCCAAGGUAUUCCCACACAUGUCAUGUGACAGACAACAUGUUGGUUGUGAUUGGUGGAGUCAAUCUAUCCCAUGGUAUUCCUGGAGUGGCCCUGCUCGAUCUCCACACAGGGAAGUGUGUGGAGUAUGACCUGCCAACUGCACAGAAGGACAACCUGAAGAUGUUCCACAAGCACUCCAGCGUCAGCACAGCUGAUGGUCAGUUUCUCAUCUUCGGAGGCGGGGGAAACUGUUUCUCCUUCGGCUCGCAUCUCAACGUCUCUCCGUUUCUCCUGGAUAUUAGUCUGUGUAUGCAACACUUUGUGCAGAAUGGCUGACCGGAAGCACUACAGUGAAAUCUGUCCAAACAUUGAAUUCAGCGGGCAUUUGCAGAAGAUUACACUUUCACAUGAAUUUGGAUUCAUCAUAUUCAUGACUGAGAGAAGGUCGUAGAGACUGAUCAUGGUCAGGUCUGAUAGAGAAUCUAUAGGCUAUCAACAUUAGUUUUUCAAACAAACAAAUGUCUUGGAACUAAGAGUUUGGCUUGGGAAAAAUGGAUUUUUUUUAAAUGGUCACGAAAAUGGAAGUUUUAAACAAUGGUCAUAGAAAUUUUUAGUAACGGUCAUGGAAAGUUGAAUUUCUCAGUAACACUCAUUGAAAAUGGAAAUUUUAAUAAAAGUCAUGGAAAGUCUGUCUUCUUUCUACCUUUGCAAAAGCACGAGUUCAAAUUCUAAAAGUCUUUUAAACCCUUCUUAUUCAACAAUUAGCAUUUUUAAUCGGAAGCUGAAAAGUUACCUGGCCCAAUUAUUUUUAGAAGUCGCCAAAAACAAUGUACUUAUAGUUCAGUGUGUCAUAAUUUAUCACAACCGUAUAUCUUGUAAGUGUCGAAUGCAGCUAUAUUGUCAUUUUAUUAGUAUGGAUGCCCCAGCUUCUGAGGCAGCACAAUUCACUGUCCAGAGUUAUGUCCCUUAGACGUGCCAGAAUCCUGCAAUCUUGAGUUCAAAUCACAGAUUGUGAAAAGUAAGUCUCACUAAUUGCAUUAUAUGGUAUUCAAACUACAAAUUGUUAAAUGUUACUUGGUAUUUGUGUGUAUUCUGUAUAUGUGCAGUUGUGAUGAAAUACAUCUCAUUAUCUACAAUUUAUGAUGAAGUGAAGAUGAACUAUGUAUGAAUAAUUAAACACCAUUUUAAUGCA